GGCCCACCAAUGGAUCAAUGCAACCAUGAGGAAGCUGACACUCGUGUCCUAGUACAUCUUCUCCACGCCCUCCAAACAUCUUCACUUGGGAUUGUGCAUACUGGAGACACAGAUGUUGUUGUAGUGCUUCUGUGUAAUUUCUAUCACAUCCAGGCUCUGAAUGCAGCAGCGGAAGUCUGGAUCUCCUUCAAAGCUGGAAAGACAACUAGAAUGAUUUCACUGAAUACCAUCGCUACAAACCUGGGCAUGCAAGGGCAUGGCUCUCUUCCAUGCAUUCACUGGCUCAGACAGCACAUCGGCAUUCAAAUUCAAGGGGAAGCGAUCCUGCUGCAAGGUGAUGCCCAAAGUGCCAUCCCUCAUGGAGGAAUUUUCAACUCUUGUUGACACUCCAUAUAAAGCAUCUCCAAGGCUGAAAGAAGCGGCGACAAACUUUGUCUGUAGGCUGUACUCUGAUGACAUACACGAGGGCAAUGAUGUUGAUCGUGUGCGAAUGACGCAAUUCUCACAGAAAACAAGGGACGUGGAGAGAAUUCCCCCAACUAGUGAUGCUUUGGAUCAACAUCUGAAAAGGAGCGUCUUCCAAGCAAGCAUCUGGACGACAGCCCAUAUGUAUGUAUAUGUUUCUCCAUGAAUUUGUGUACCAUGUCAAUUUGACUAAUUAACUAACUAAUGAAAGAAUUGAUUGAUUAUCAAUCAAUCCAUCAAUCAAUCAAAUUAUUAAUUCAUUCUUUCUUUCAUUCAGGUCCAUGAUGCCCAUCCACAGCCCCACUGAUCAUGGCUGGAAGGAGGAGGACAGGAAACUGCUUCCCAUUUGGACCACUCUGCCCCUCGCCAAGGACAUAUUAAAGUUGGAUGUGAAGUGCAAUUGCAAAAGCCCUUGUGUUCCAACCUGCACUCGGUGUAGUUGUGUGAAAGCAAAACUUAAGUGCACCCGUCUUUGCAAGUGUAAAUGUGAAAAAUAG